UUAGCAGGAACGUUAGCGGAUCGACGCGUGCGCCUCAGCCUCCUUGGGCCCCCUGGCGACACAGACGCCAGCGUCGUCUCCCUCCUCCUCCUCCUCCUCCUCCUCCUCGUCCUCCUCCACUCCCCAAAUCAAAGGAGCGCCACAACAGCUCGCCGUUCUCUCCAUCGCGGUCGCUGUCGCUGUUUUCAUUCUUUUACCUUUCGCUCUGUCCGAUUAUCCACGGCGACGGGCUGCGCGCAUUUUCCGUCUCCUCUUGUCCUUCCCACACCGCGUCCCGUCCUGUGGCCGCCGCCGUUUGCCCGCUCCAACUCGAGCGCCAAUUGCAGCUUGCUGCGGCUGAGCCUGGCGCUCUGCACCAUAUAGCAACUGCCAGCCUGCCGUUCUGAAACGAAGCCCGAUCUCCCAAAGAGUCGCGAGCUACGGUGUUUAGCUUCAUGUGCGCUGCGUCGUGCUGUCUCGCCAUCUGUUGAAUAGAGCCGGCCACCUUUCUCUUUUGUCGUCACGGCCGCCGUUCCACCACGACACGCAUCUCGAAACCCAACGGCGGAUCUUUUUCCAACGACUGUGCGCAGAAGCGCUUGGCCUUCAACGUCGCACCGCCAAUAUGGUCGUUUGUAAUACUUCUCUCGUCACCAUCGGUGAUGAAAUGGUAAAGGAAGAAGAGCCGCUGUUCGGCAAAAUCACCUUCCACCACGUCGGCCUCAGCGUGACCGCCGUGUUCUCCCUCGUUGCUACUGUAAUAGCACUCGGCCUCAUGUUCAUGCACGCAACCCACUACUCGGUCCCGCACCAACAGAAGCACAUCAUUCGCAUCCUCUUCAUGAUACCCAUUUAUGCCUGCAUAUCCUUUGUCUCGUACGUUUACUACAAGCACGCAAUUUACUGGGAGGUUCUAAGGGACUGUUACGAGGCGUUCGCCAUAGCCAGUUUUUUCACCCUGCUGUGCCACUAUCUGGAGAAGGACCUGCACGAUCAGAAGGAGUACUUCCGCCGCUUUGGAGCCGCGGGCAGGCCGUUGAGGAACUGGAUCUUGCCCGUCUCGUGGCUUCAAAAGUGCACGGGUGGAGCGGAAAAGGGCAUUUUUAGAGUGCCGAGAAGUGGUUUGACGUGGUUCAAUGUGAUCUACGUCAGCGUCUUCCAAUACUGCUUCAUCCGCGUCGUCUUCAGCUUCGUUGCCAUGAUCACGCAGCUCUUCAAGCGUUAUUGCGAAUCUUCACUCAGCCCGGCCUUUGGCCACGUCUGGGUCAUGACAUUCGAGGCCUUGUCAGUCACGAUAGCCAUGUACUGUCUCAUUCAAUUUUAUUUGCAACUCAAGGACGAUCUGGCCGAGUACAGGCCGUUCCUGAAGAUCUUGUGUAUCAAGCUAGUCAUCUUCUUUAGCUUUUGGCAGUCUAUCUUGAUCUCCAUGCUUUCUUCCUCCGUGAUCCCCGGUGGCGCGAUACUUAAGCCUACGAAGAAAGUCGCAUACCCCGAUAUUCAAGUCGGCAUCCCGUCCAUGCUCCUCGCGAUUGAGAUGAGUAUUUUCGCCGUCCUUCACAUAUUCGCCUUCUCGUGGAAGCCGUACGACAUUACUAAAAAUCCAGACCCAGCCAUACACUACCAAGGCGGAUUCCUGGGUUCGAAAGCGCUGUGGGACGCGUUCAAUGUGUGGGACAUUGUCAAGGCGGCAGCAAGGGGUUUCAAAUGGCUGUUUUAUGGAUCGCGGUAUAGAGAGCAGGACAUCUCGUACGAAACCAGUCGGCAGGGCAGCAUGCGGCAUCCUGGGGGUAAGUUUGGUAGCGUGGACACGGCGUACAGUGGCGCGCCACCCUCGUACGACCUGGUGGAAGAGCAAGAGAUGGGCACAAUGCGUGCCGGUUCAAGGGGGAGACCUGGUCCGCCCAUGAGAACCAUGAGCGACGAACAUGGCGACAAAGAGGGAUUAUUGAGCCACGCUCAAGGCAAUCCACAGGCCGCACCGCCAGUGGACGUUCCGAGAAUAAACGUGAGGGAACCCAGUCCGUACAGCAAUCAGUACGGCGCCGCACUAAGCAGAGAGACGAGCACCGGGUACGGAACGCCAAGCAGCGAGUUGAGAGACCCAUUCGACCCCAGAGAUUCCUUCGACGAGCGAAAUAGGAUAUGAGGGGGGGGGGAAAAACCCUGCUUCUUUAUUUGGUUCUUGUAUUUUUUUUUUUUUUUGGCAUGCAAAUGGCGUUUAUGAAGCUAUGACAGAACGCGCAACGCAGGGUGCGUCAUCUUCUCGAUCGCGGGCGUUUUCGAUGACCUUGGGCACGGGUUUGAAUGGCGGCAUGUAUCUGGCUGUAAUAACUACACGCUUCUCUUUUUCGUCCGAUUUGAAUCGUUCCUUCUUUUCCGUCUUUGGAUUCAUCGCCUUUGCGCAGGCUCUACCCCCUACGCUCUUCCUUCCAUCUUCGAGAAGGGAAAGGGGUAAAUGGAAUACUCUCUUCUUCUAGAUCACCGCACACAUAUACAUUGUCUGCCGCAAGACCGCCUUGAUGUUGGCUUUUUGUUUACUUUAACUGCCGAGUUUACUUUCUGUGCGAUCUCAGCUACACGUAGAAUCUCCAGCUAGGGCUUCUAAAG